UGGGCCUUGCAGACGCCGCCACCCUGGAGCCGCCCGCGCAGCCUAGCCGUGGUCAACCCCACCGUGUUCUUCGACAUCGCCGUCGGCGGCGAGCCCUUCGGCCACGUCUCCUUGGAGCUGUUUGCAGACGAAGUUCCAAAGACAGCAGAAGACUUCCGUGCUCUGAGCACUGGGGAGAAAGGCUUUGGUUAUAAAGAUUCCUGCUUUCACAGAAUAAUUCCAGGAUUUAUGUGCCAGGGUGGUGACUUCACACACCAUAAUGGCACUGGUGGCAAGUCCAUCUGUGGGGAGAAAUUUGAUGAUGAGAAUUUCCUCCUGAAGCAUGUGGACCCUGGCAUCUUGUCCACGGCAAAUGCUGGCCCCAACACAAGUGGUUCCCAGUUUUUCAUCUGCAGUGCCAAGACUGAGUGGUUGGAUGGCACGCAUGUGGUCUUUGACAAGGUGAAAGAGGGCAUGAAUGUCGUAGAAGCCAUGGAGCGCUUUGGGUCCAAGAACGGCAAGACCAGCAAGAAGAUCACCGUUGCUGACUGUGGACAGAUCUAA